AUGGCGUUUGAAAAGCCAGUGGUUGUGAUUGAUAAUGGUAGUUACAAUAUAAAAGCCGGGUUUUCCUGUGAUAACCAUCCGGUUUCCAUAUUUAGAACUUUGGUAGGAAGACCAAAUUAUUUACAUGGGACAUUUGGCCGUGACUACUAUGAUGUUUAUAUAGGCGAUGAGGCACUGGAUAAAGUACAUGACUUAGAGCUCUCACAGCCUAUUGUAAACGGAAAGAUCUUAGAUUGGGAUAAUAUAGAGCGAAUUUGGCAUCACAUUUUUUAUAGAGAAUUAAAGACUGCACCAGAAGAUCGUGCUGUAAUUUUGGCUUGCGGUUCUACUGCAUCGAUGGAGGAAAAAAUCAGAUGUUGUGAAAUAUUUUUCGACAUUCUUAAUGCUCCUGCGCUUUGUAUUCAGUCACAAAGUGUAUUGGCUAUGUAUGGAUCAGGAGUUACAACUGGUCUUUGCGUAGAUCUUGGAUAUGCUACAACAAAUGUUAUACCAGUAUUUGAAGGCGGUGAUGUUAGUUAUGCACAUAUCGACACAGGUUUAGGAGGCUUACAAAUAUCAGAUUAUAUUAAGAAAUGUCUAGGAGAGCGAGGCGAACUCGAAGGAAUUAAAACACCACAAGAUAUUGAAAAUAUCCAAAAAAAAUGUUACAUUACACAAGACUGUGCUAUGUUAAGAAAAGAUUGCAAACGAAAACAUAAAGUUUCCCUUGAAAAUGAAAUCGACGUUAGCAAUGAAGUUUUUAUGGCUGCAGAAAUGCUUUUUCAACCAGAUUUAGUCAAAAAUGAAGACACAGGUUACGUUCCUCUCCAAGAUGCUUUGGUGACUGCAUCUUUGAAAUGUGACGAUGAGUUAAGAUUAGAAUUAUAUGAUUCUAUUAUACCUUGUGGAGGUUUAGCUUUGAUACCAGGUAUUAAUGAAAGAUUACAAAUAGAAAUGGAAAGUGUACUUAACCAAUCCGUCACAAUUUUGUCUUCACCUGAACCAUAUACCGUUACAUGGUUAGGGGGAGCUACAUUGGCAGGACUUGCAGAUGCAGAGAAAAUGUUUAUAAUUAAGAAACAAUAUGAAGAUCACGGCGAAAGAAUUAUAAGAAAUAAGUUUAAG